CACGAUUUAAAUUUUAAAUUUACUGAUUGGAAUUAUCACUUUUGAUUUGUAAUUUAAUUAAUACCUUUUCAUCCGACGUUGAUGACUGUUUGUUGGGCGGGAAUUAACAGCCUUGUCGUCUGUGAGAUUUUUAUGAAUGGAUUUGUCAAAUGAUUAAGUAUUAAAUGGAUUAUAACGUUAUGAUGAUUUAUAAAUUCACCUGAAAAUCAGCACUCAAUUUUAUGAAUGAAAACAAGUGCACGUGGUUUUUUUUCUUCUUUUGAGAAUGUAUAAAUAAGCCGAACCAGGAAAGUAGCUUUUUCCGAUAAGCAACUGAAGAGAAAUAAUAAUAAUAAUUUUAUUAUCAAUGAAUUAAUGUGUAUAUUUGUAGACUAUUUAUAAAUAAUGGAGAGAUACACACUGAUAAUCAUAACAGUUUUUGAUUUAUCGUUUGGUAUUAUGAACCACUAUAACAAUAGACGGAAAGACAUCUGUGAACCAAUCCAGAUACCAAUGUGCCAACAUAUGAAAUAUAACAUGACACGGAUGCCAAAUCUUCUGCAUCACAGUUCACAAGAGAAUGCAAAGUUACAAAUUGAACAGUUCACAGAAUUAGUGGAUCAGAAAUGUAGUGACGUUUUGUUGUUUUAUCUUUGUGCAAUGUAUGCACCUAUAUGUACAGUAAACUUUCAGUCCGAACCUAUCCCGCCAUGUCGAAGUGUCUGCGAAGAAGCACGUGCAGGAUGUGAACAUAUAUUGAAUGAACAUAAUAUUUCAUGGCCGGAAUAUUUAGACUGUUCGUCACUGCCAAGAUAUGAUAGAGGAGUUUGUGUCAGACCAGCAGCUAUUGUUCCUUCUUUAGGAAACAAAGAUAAGUCAAAGUUGGACAGUCGAGGACCAAACAACAAAAUUACAGACUUUGAUUUGUCAAAAGAAAGUUAUUAUGAAGACUGUAGGUGUAACAGAAAAUCAAAGCUUAAAAGAAAGGCAUAUAGAAAAGGAAAAUAUCAUUUUUCAAUAAGAGGAGUCGUAAAAGGACAAGCAAUUGCAAAUACCAUUAAUACGGUUACCAGAGUAACUGUCGUAAAAGUUUACCGAAGUACUAGAGUACACAUACAAGAAGGAAGUAGUAUAGAAUUAUGGACAAAUUCGACGUGUGUUUGUCCGGAACUGACGAAGAGGAAGGAGUAUUUAAUUGUUGGAUAUGAAGAUUUAUCAACACAAAGACUUUUGUUUUUAGACAGUUGUUUAUCCGUCAAGUGGAAAAACAAAUUAGAUCGACGGAUAAAGAAUUGGGAAAAGAAAAUAGCAAGAAGUAAACGAAACCAGAAAUGUCGUAGGAAGAAAGGAAAACGGUGCAGAAAAAAUAGAAAGAACAACUCAAAGAGAAAUAAAACCAAAGAAAAUAGAAGGAAUAAAAUGAUCAGAGACAAUUCGCUGUCAGCCAUAAAAAAUCCAUGACAACAAAUCAUCUGCGGAAAUACAUAAAAAUCCAUCAUGGAGAUUAACUGUGAUAACUGACUUGUAUAUAUUUGUAAUGUUUUCAAUUGUAAAUAAAUAUCAUCUAAUUUAUGAUCAUGUAAAUCGAACUGUGCUAUUAACUGUCUCAAAUUAUCUUGAGAAAAUGGUGAAAAGGGUUUGUACAGCUGUUAGCAGUAAAGUUAGUAGUUAGAUAUAUGCUAUCGAAAAAAAAUAUAGGUAUAUUAGUUUUUUCGUGAAAUUUACAGUCAGCCCUGUUGUACUUCAUGAAAUGGGUAAUAAUGUAUCUUAAAUGUUAUUGUCAAAAAAUGUGUUUAAGCAUUCAAUCAAUGUGUUUGUGCAUUUUUAUCUAUUUGUUGGAAUGGCUGCAUUCUCUUCAGGCUAAAACCAAAAAUCCUGUACAGGAAAAUGGUGUGUGCCUUGAAUAUUUUACCCUGCUAAUGUUUCAAGACGAGAAUCACUGGUUCAUAAAAAUUUGCUGAAAUUCUGAUUUACUGUUACUGUAAAUUAUUGCAUCAAGAGUCCUGGGUUUGACAUUUUGUUCAACAACAAAAUCCACCUCGUUAAAUCCAUUGGCAACAAUUUUCGAGAACAAAACAUAUAAUCAAUAUAAAAUAAUAAAUCAAAUGACUUCACAUUCAACACCAACUAAGACGGGUGGUAUAGUCAGUGCUUUUGUUGAAAGUAAAAUGUAUAUAGUAAUUGAAUGGUGCUAUCAAUAUAACUGUAUAACACAUUGUAACAUAAAGUUGGUUGUAUAUUAAUAUUGUUUGUUAUUGUUAUUGUUUUUGAUUUGUACACAGUGUCAGAUUAUUUCUGACAACUUUUUUUUUAAUUUAUAAUAAUGCAUUUUCCCCUUUUGUUUGAACAUAAAACGUAUGUUUAACGUGCUUCAUUUCAUGUGACUGUCAAUGUGACUGUCAUAUCUUUGCCAGUGUAGACAGUAAUUUUACUUUUAUUAUUACAAUUUAUACUUCUUUUAAAAUCAUGUUAGAUUUACACUGCAACUAAAGUAACUAUUUCAAAAUGUGUUACACAGUAAACAUGGUCAACACAUAUUACAAUAAAAAUAAAAAUGUCUUUUGAUGUUCAACAUAUACAUAAUGUUUUUGUAUCAAACAUUGAAAAGCCAAUGUUCUAUAUUGUAUUUUGUUUACUACAUUAAAAUAUUUAAACUGAA